AUCGUAGAAGUUUCUUAUCGAAAGGCUGCUUUAAACAUUUUGGUGUGCUCCUUGUUGCGCAGAAAGUUAAAGAUUUACCGUUUUAAAAAAGUGAGUGAUAAUUUGAUUUUAAAGUUUUCUCUUGAAAUGGAGGAUAGCUACAAUAUAAGCACUCAAUUGCUUAAGGAGCCAUUGUCAUUUGCGGAUUUGAUUAAAACUGGCACUCAAUUUGAAGUAGAUACAGCCAACUACAAUAAUACUGCUUAUGAUGACUUUGUUGUGGAUGAAAACGAUGAAGUUGUUGGCGAAGAGGAAAUUGACCAUGAGGCGCUUGUCUCCCCCUGGACGCGAUCCUUUGAAGAGCUACGCCGGCUAAUGACGCCUGUGGAUGAGUAUAUUUACAAGCGAAUUACACGAGCCGGUGUCAAAGAGCAGGGCCUCGUUCCGGAUAAGGCUCGCGUAGCAUUGCGUUACAGCGCCUACUGGGAGGGCCAGACCGCUCCAUUCGACUCGUCAUUGCUACGAGGAACUAAAUUUGAGUUCGUAACGGGUCAGAAUAUGGUUCUAGAGGGUCUCGAGACUGCAGUGCGCACCAUGAACGUCUACGAGCAGUCAGAAUUUAUCAUAUCAUACAAAUUGCUGUUUCACGAAAUGGGCUGCCCGCCACGCAUAAAACCACGUGCUGAUGGCUUGUUUAAGAUUGAAGUAAUCGAAUUUACAUUGAUUGGCAAUGAACAUUCUCUGGAAGAGAUUGCACCCGAGGAUCGCAACAAGUUUGCGGUGGUUUUUCCCAAGGCGCAGGAUAUGCAUUUGCAUGGCAAGGAUUGUGUGAAACGUGGCUCCCAUCGCAAUGCAGUGGCGGCUUUUGAACGGGCCAUUGCUUCGCUAAACUAUUGUCGCCUGGCGGAUGAAAAGGAUGAGAUCAAGCAGCAGGAGCUGCUCAUUACGCUCUACACCAAUCUGAUGGUGUGUAACAAUAAGUUGAACAAGCCAGCGAGCGUGUGCAUUGCCAUGAAAGCUCUGCGGCUGUUGACUCACAAUCAACCCUCAUGCAAGGCUCUGUUCCAGGAAGGUCGUGCUCUAGCCGCUCUAGGAAAUUACGAGCAGGCUCGCAGAUGCUUUGUGCAGGCGCAGGCCAAACAGCCCAACAACAAAGAGAUUAGCGACGAGAUUAUCAACGUCGAACAACGUGUUAGCAAAUAUAAAAAGUCUAUGCGUGAAAUUUGGUCAAGAGCUCUUGCCGGCAAAGAGCAACCGGAAAAGAAACCAGAAAAAAACUUUUCAAAUCAACAACUUAAACGCGAUUUUGAAUCGCAGCUGGCGGAGUUUAGUAAUUCCUCCCUGCAGUCCCUCAAUAUGAGUCGCAAAAUGUACACGGACAAGGAGUUCGAUGUGCUACGUAUGUUGGCUAAACAAUUUAAUAUGAAAUUGAGCCUCUCCCCGUUAGAUGUAGAUCAGCUAACGCUAUCCAAGCUGCAGAUUAAAUAGACGCAAAAUAUAUUACAAAUUUUCUUAAGAAUAAGAUUAGGUAUUAUUAUUGAACUUGUUCAAAAGACAACUAUCCAAAGAAUGAGCCAUUGUUAUACAGUCAGCGCACGGUAUAUAGAACUUAUGGAAAAUGAAUAUCUGUAACUCUUAAUUUGUAGACCUUUUUCAUUAUAAAGUUUUCGUAUAUUGGAAGUUAUACGAUCAAGCGCUUACAAUACAUUAUAUUAAACAACAGUUCCUGAACACAUUAGAG